AUGAGUGCUUUUAUUAUUGGAUCUACUGGGUUAGUUGGAGCACAAUUAUUGAAGGUUGCAGCUGAAUCAAACAAGUUUGAGACGGUUCACACUGUUAGUCGCCGUCCAGUUGAUGGCCGCGAUAAGGUUCAAGGUGUUGUCGAGACGGAUACUGCUAAAUGGCCAGAAGUUAUCAGAGAGAAUAGCAAAGGGGUGAGGACUUUUUUCUCUGCUUUUGGUACCACAAGGGCUGAUGCAGGAGGAGUUGAAAAUUUCAAGAAGAUUGACUAUGGUAUCAACUACGAAUGCGCCAAAGCUGCUAAAGAAGCAGGAAUUGAGACGUUUGUGUUAGUGUCAUCGCUUGGAGCUAACGAGUCAUCGAUGCUUUUCUACUUGAAGUCGAAGGGAAAGUUGGAAAACGAUAUUAUUGCCUUGGAAUUUCCCAGAACUAUUAUUAUUAGGCCCGGUGCUUUAUUAGGAAAACGUCAGAAAUCACAGGGAAUAGCAAACGAAAUAUUCCAAAAAUGGGGGAAUAUGGUCAAGGGAACGCCAUUCAAGUUCACGGCCUAUCCUAUUACUGGAGAGGAGGUUGCGAAGGUUGCAGUUCAUUUGGCAUCUGAACCAUUAACGCAAGGCGACGGCCCAGUAGUUAAGGCUGUGGGAACGAGUGAACUAGACCACCUAGUCAAAAGCCUCGAGUAA